CGGUGAUGUAGAAGACUCGCUAGAUGUACCAGUCACUGUUGGUGAUGUAGUAGACUCAGGAGAUGUACCAGUCACUGUCGGUGAUGUAGUAGACCCGGGAGAUGAACCAGUCACUGUCGGUGAUGUAGUAGACUCGGGAGAUGUACCAUUCACUGUUGAUAAUGUAGUGGACUCAGUAGUUGUACUAACCAGUGAUGGUGAUGCAAUGUACUUUGUUGUUGUACCAGGCGUGUUUGUUGUUGUUAUAGACUUAGUAGUUGAACCAGCUUCUGUUUGUGUUGGUGUUGAUGGAUUUAUAGAUGUUCCAGCCAUUGUU